CGAAAAGGUUAUAAAUAUAGGUGCUGUCCUCAUUUGUUCCUUUGACUUGGGGGCAGAGUGAGGAGUGACAUGGCGUCUACAAGCCGCGGAGAUGCUCUGGCCCUUCCCAGAGUUCAGUGUCCCAACCACCCUGAUGCGUGCCUGGUGGAGGACUACAGAGCAGGGGACAUGAUCUGCCCUGAAUGUGGCCUUGUUGUAGGUGAUCGUGUAAUCGAUGUAGGUUCCGAGUGGAGGACGUUUUCCAAUGAGAAAGCCCUCAAAGACCCCUCCAGAGUGGGAGACGCCCAGAACCCACUACUCAAUGGAGGAGACUUAACCACAAUGAUCAGCAAGGGAACAGGAGCUGCCAGUUUUGAUGAAUUUGGAAACUCCAAGUACCAAAACAGGCGAACCAUGAGCAGCUCUGACCGGGCCAUGCUCAACGCCUUCAAAGAGAUCAGCACCAUGGCGGAUCGCAUCAACCUGCCGAGGAACAUUGUAGACAGAACAAACAACUUAUUCAAGCAGGUUUAUGAACAGAAGAGCCUGAAGGGCCGAGCCAACGAUGCCAUCGCGUCAGCCUGUCUCUACAUCGCCUGCAGACAGGAGGGUGUACCGCGAACCUUUAAAGAGAUUUGCGCCGUGUCCCGAAUCUCAAAGAAAGAAAUUGGAAGGUGCUUCAAGUUGAUCCUGAAGGCACUAGAGACCAGUGUGGACCUCAUCACCACAGGAGACUUCAUGUCCCGCUUCUGCUCCAACCUCGGCUUGCCUAAACAGGUGCAAAUGGCGGCCACCUUCAUCGCCAGGAAGGCUGUGGAGCUCGACCUCGUGCCUGGCAGGAGCCCCAUAUCGGUAGCUGCAGCUGCCAUCUACAUGGCUUCCCAGGCUUCUGCAGAGAAGAAGACUCAGAAAGAAAUUGGAGAUAUAGCCGGUGUUGCAGACGUCACGAUCAGACAGUCUUAUCGACUCGUCUAUCCACGGGCAGCAGAGCUUUUCCCUCCAGACUUCAAAUUUGACACACCUGUUGAUAAACUGCCCCAGCUGUGAAGAAUACUCCUCCUAUGCAGCAACGAUAUUUUUCUGCUGCACUUAAAUAUUUUUUCCAUGUUUUUGGAUUCGGAAGAUUUCUCUUGUCCUGCCUUGGACUACACCAAAGUGUGACAGGUGCAGCAGACACACAUUCCAGUGCUUAAACAGCUUGCAGACUGUACUUACAGUAUUUCAUUUGAGUGUAUAUACUGUACGAUGUAUAUAUGUCCAAGUGGGAAAGUGUAACUGAUACUUGCAAUUUUAGGCUGAUUUCAUACUGUAUACAAAAGUUUUGUUUUUUUUGUUGUAGAAAAUUACCAGGUUCUAGUUUGUUUGAAUUGUUAUGGGUAAUUUAAAAAAAAAAAAAAAAUUUCAUUAAACCAGAUCAGUGCUUGAA